AUGGCUAGUAGUAGCGGAAACUCCUCAGUUUCAGCUCUCAGAUAUUUUAACUAUGAUGUCUUUGUGAGCUUCCGAGGUGAAGACACUCGCUACAAUUUCACUGAUUUUCUUUUCGACGCCUUUCAAACCAAAGCCAUUUUUGCAUUUAGAGAUGACGAUAAUCUUCCAAAAGGUGAAUCCAUAGCACCCGAGCUCCUUCGUGCAAUCCAACACUCUCAAAUUUAUGUUGUUGUCUUCUCAAGGAACUAUGCUUCCUCAACUUGGUGCUUGCAAGAACUCGAAAAGAUAUGUGAAUGCUAUCAAGUGUCGGGAAAACAUGUUCUUCCUGUUUUCUAUGAUGUUGAUCCUUCUGAGGUCAGACAUCAAAGAGGAAUUUAUGCUGAAGCCUUUUCCAAACAUGAACAAAGAUUCCAACACAACUCUCAGAUGGUGCUAAGAUGGAGGGAAGCUCUAACAAAGGUUGCAAAUCUCUCGGGAUGGGAUCUGCGUGAUAAGUCACAAUCUGCAGCAAUUAAAGAGAUUGUUCAAAAGAUAAUUAAUAUAUUGGAUUGCAAAUCUUCAUGUGUUUUAAAAGAUUUAGUUGGAAUUUGCGGGAUGGGAGGAAUAGGGAAGACAACUCUUGCUACUGUUUUAUAUGACCGAAUCUCACAACAAUUUGGAACAUGUUGUUUUAUUGAUGAUGUAAGCAAAAUUUAUAGACUACGUGAUGGUCCACUCGAUUUACAAAAGCAAAUUCUCGGCCAAGAGCACCAUCAGAUAUGCAAUCAUUACAAUGCAACUAAUCUGAUACGACGUAGGCUCUGUCGUCAAAAGGCCCUUGUGAUUCUUGAUAAUGUUGAUCACAUUGAACAACUGGAAAAAAUAGUUGUGCAUCGUGCAUGUUUACAAAGUUCCUCUCUUGGAUUGGGCCAACUCUCUUCAAUUAUUGUGUCGAAAGCUUUCAAACUCGAUCACAUUUUAAGUAGUUACGAAUGGUUGGUUAAUGACAUACUAAAUUAUGUCAAUGGCCUACCACUAGCAAUUAAAGUAUUGGGUUCAUUUUUGUUCGGCCGAGAUAUAUCCGAAUGGAAAAGUGCAUUGGCUAGUUUGAGAGAAAAUCCAGACAAAGAUGUCAUGGAUGUGCUCCGAUUAAGUUUUGAUGGGCUAAGGGAGACAGAAAAAGAAAUAUUUCUUCAUAUUGCUUGUUUUUUCGACAUGCAUGUGGAGAAAUAUGUUAAAAAUGUUUUAAAUUGUUGUGGAUUUCAUGUUGAUAUUGGAUUAAGAGUUCUCAUUGAUAAAUCACUUAUAAGCAUUGAAGAUGAAAUGAUUGUAAUGCAUGAUUUGUUGGAAGAGCUAGGCAGAAAAAUUGUUCAAGAAAACUCAAGCAAAGAGCCAGGAAAGUGGAGAAGGUUGUGGUUUGACGAACAACUUUAUGAUGUUAUAUUGAACAAUAUGGAAAAUCAUGUUGAAGCCAUAGUUUUGGAUCAUGCAUAUAAAGAUUAUAAUGAAGAGAUGAAUACAUGGAUAGUCGAUAGCUUGUCAAAAAUGAGUCAUCUUAGAUUGCUCAUCAUCAACUCUGUGAAUAUCUCAGGAAGUUUGGGCUGUAUUUCUAAUGAAUUAAGAUAUGUUGAGUGGCUUAAAUAUCCUUUCAUGUGUUUGCCAUCUACUUUUCAGCCCAAUCAACUUGUUGAGUUAAUUUUGAAGAGUAGCUGCAUCAAACAACUGUGGGAAGGCAAGAAGUAUCUGCCCAAAUUGAGAACUUUGGAUUUGAGCUACUCCAAAGAUCUAGUAAAGAUGUCAGAUUUUGGAGAGGUCCCAAAUCUUGAGCGGCUAAACCUAGAAGGAUGUAUAAAACUUGAGCAGUUGGAUCCAUCUAUUGAGUUUCUAAGAAAGCUUGUUUCCUUGAAUUUAAAAGAUUGCCAAAAUCUAAAAAACAUACCAAACAACAUAUUUGGUCUCAGCUCUCUUAAAGAUCUAAAUAUGUCUGGAUGUUCUAGAAAUUUUAAAUCUCGGGGGAACAAUUUUGUGACCCUUCCUAGCCUUAGUGAGCUGUCCAAACUUGUAUAUUUGAACUUGGAGCAUUGCAAGCAGUUGGAAUCUUUGCCUGAGCUUCCUUUUCCGAUGACUAUAGAGCAGGAUCUUCGUAAGAACAAAUAUUGGAAGAGAACUGGAUUGAUCAUUUUCAACUGUCCUAAAUUAGGCGAUAGAGAACGAUGCAGUAGAAUGACAUUUUCUUGGAUGACACAAUUCAUUCGAGUGAACAAUGAAUACCCUGCUUUCUUUGACAUUGGUAUUGUCAUUCCAGGAAGUGAAAUACCAAGUUGGUUCAACAAUCAGAGUGUUGGUAGUUCAUUACCAGUAUCUCCCAUUAUGCAGGACAAUGGACAUAAUAUUAUUGGCUUUUUAUGUUGUGUAGUAUUUUCUGUAGCACCUCAUUAUCCAAUAGUGACAAGAAGUUCUCAAUGGGUACCUCAAAUCACACUGUAUGCACCAUUAAGCCACGUUGCCUUUCUUCCAGUAAUUGUUGAUGAAGAUCUUAUCACUGACAAAUCAAAUCACAUAUGGCUAGUCUAUUUCCCUUGUGAGUCAUCCUAUGAUGUUGUGUAUGACGGUUUCCGUGUUGAAACUAGUAGAAAUGGAGGCUUGAAUGUGGAGGUGAAGAAAUACCAAUAUCGUUGGGUAUAUAAACAGGAUCUGCAAGAGUUCAACUCCACAAUGAUGCAUCCCGGAAAUAUGUCAACUCUGAAGCGCGAGUUUUUUGAAAUUGAAGAUGAGGCACAACCACAACUACACUCAUUCAGAUGA